GUUUUCGUCAGCACGGUCUCAAAGGCAGUGGAGGCGGAGAAGGCCACGCCGGCAUGGGUCCUUAGCAUGCUUUUGCCGGGAGCCGCUCACCAGGAAGACAUCCAAAAGCUCCAAAGUACUGCGGACGACAACAAGGACCGCAUCACUGCUAUUGAAAACUAUAUUUCAGGUCAGGAAGCGUUCGUGUCCAGUGGUGGAGCAUACGGCGUGCAACGCGGUGGUCGUGCUCAGCGGGGGACCGACAAACGUGAUAAGGAUAAUUCCAAAUCCCGAGGUCCUCCCGCGCGGGCGAAGGCGAAAGUAUCCUUCGCUGGUACUGCCAAGCCCGACGCCGCGAACCAUAAGAAGGAAUGUGACUUUAUUGGUUGUCGUUUCAGUAACAUUCGCUUUACGAACACCCGCGCGGAGUGCAAGAACGAAUAAGCCGCUAAGAACGAAGGGUACACGGUUACGAAGAACUAGGGUCGCCCGAGUAGGCAGCAUCCCUCGGCUAACGUGGGACACCAAUCAUUUGGUUCUGUCAAACCAGUACGUACAAACUGGGAUAGACUGCAAAGCACGAGCAAGCAGAAGAGAGCCAGAGUAGAUGAGAGGGAUUCAAAACACUGUAACAAUGGUGUACGAUCUCUGGUGGGAACAAGAAAAGCAGUCAAAGAGCAGCGCUGCAGAAAGACAUUUGAAGUACAUGUACCACGAAAACAUUCUCGCGAAGGUUGUAGCAGCAAGCAAACGCGAGGAGUCCCGAAGUCAAGUACCCGCACAACUGAUGCAGUAGCCGCUGUAGAUCCAGCACUAGAGGAUAGCACCCAAGUAAGGCAAGUAGCCGCCUGUUUAGCGCCGCAAGCCUUACACGCAGCUACCGUAGCUGGGGACUUCAGGUCGAAACAUAGGUCUAACCUAAUGAGAACUGACCACAAUGAAGAAUUUCAUGCUUUUUACAUGUCUGCACUCGCUGGAUAUCCCGUGUGUCCAUCGAUAUUCCGAUCGACAUCCAAGCGAGUACGUGUACCCGCCAGAACAAACAAUGAAUCGGUUGACGAA